AGGGGGAGGGACGCCUGGGCCCGGCUGCUCCGCAGUUCUGGCCGUGCGUCCUGUGCCCGUGCGUCGGUCUUCUGCUGCCCCGGCCCCGCGCUCUUUCUUUGUGCGGUGCUCCUCGCCGGCCGGUCCCACCUCCAGGCCUUUCCCCUUCCCGCGGCGGCCGCCGGACUCUGCCCAGGGGAAUGGUCUGCGGGCCGAGAUUUUGGAGACAGGAAGUGAGGCUUGCGAGCCCCAUGAGCGCGCCGCGGUGCGGGCGCGGCUGUAGCGGCCGCGCGGCGGGACCCCGGGAGGCGGGCCGCUGAGCGGUGCGCGCGGCCCCGAGGAUGCGGGAGCGGGAGCAGCACUGGCGUGGAUGCUCCCUUCACCUGGCCCUUGGAGACUCAGUUGCGUUUUGAUGGCGGCAGCAGCUGCUGGGUGAGCAGCUGGAGACUGUACAGUACUCCUCCUGGCAGGAAAGGAUCGCCCUCUUCCUCCGUCACCACCACUGCAUUGGUGGCGGUGCUUUCCCUCUUUAUCCCUCCACUCUUGAGAGAAGAAGAUGCCACUGCCAUUUGGAUUGAAACUAAAACGCACCCGGCGCUACACAGUGUCCAGCAAGAGCUGCCUGGUUGCCCGGAUCCAGCUGCUCAAUAACGAGUUUGUGGAGUUCACACUAUCUGUGGAGAGCACUGGCCAGGAGAGCCUGGAGGCCGUGGCCCAAAGACUAGAGCUGCGGGAGGUCACCUACUUCAGUCUGUGGUACUACAACAAGCAAAAUCAGCGCCGGUGGGUAGACUUGGAAAAACCGCUGAAGAAGCAGCUGGAUAAAUACGCGUUGGAACCUACCGUCUAUUUCGGAGUGGUGUUUUAUGUGCCUUCAGUCUCACAGCUGCAGCAGGAGGUUACCAGGUACCAGUAUUAUCUGCAGCUGAAGAAAGAUAUCUUGGAAGGAAACAUUCCUUGUACAUUAGAACAAGCAAUUCAGUUAGCAGGCUUAGCUGUUCAAGCUGAUUUUGGUGACUUCGAUCAGUAUGAAUCCCAGGACUUUCUUCAGAAAUUUGCCUUGUUUCCUGUGGGGUGGUUACAAGAUGAAAAAGUGUUGGAGGAAGCAACCCAAAAAGUGGCCUUACUGCAUCAGAAAUACAGAGGGCUCACAGCUCCUGAUGCUGAAAUGCUGUACAUGCAGGAGGUAGAGAGACUGGAUGGCUAUGGAGAAGAGAGCUACCCUGCAAAGGAUAGUCAAGGCAGUGACAUAUCCAUUGGAGCGUGUCUUGAAGGUAUCUUUGUGAAACACAAGAAUGGAAGGCCUCCUGUGCUAUUUAGGUGGCAUGAUAUUGCUAACAUGUCCCACAAUAAGUCCUUUUUCGCAUUAGAGCUGGCAAAUAAAGAGGAGACCAUCCAGUUUCAAACUGAAGACAUGGAAACAGCAAAAUAUGUAUGGAGACUCUGUGUUGCGCGGCACAAAUUUUACAGACUAAAUCAGUGUAGCCUGCAAACUCAGACCAUCACAGUGAACCCAAUUAGGAGGCGGUCUUCUUCAAGGAUGUCUCUGCCUAAACCCCAACCCUAUGUGAUGCCUCCCCAACCCCAGCUGCAUUAUAACGGACAUUAUACAGAACCAUACACUUCUUCCCAAGAUAACCUCUUUGUGACCAACCAGAAUGGAUACUAUUGUCACUCUCAGACGAGUUUGGAUCGAGCCCAGGCUGACCUCAGUGGUCGGAUCCGAAACGGCAGUGUCUACAGUGCCCACAGCACUAAUUCCUUAAAUAACGCGCAGCCCUACCUGCAGCCCUCCCCCAUGUCCUCCAACCCGAGUAUCACUGGCAGUGACGUCAUGAGACCCGACUACGUGCCGUCUCACCGGCACAGCGCCCUGAUACCCCCGUCCUACCGCCCGACCCCGGAUUACGAGACGGUGAUGAAGCAGCUCAACAGAGGGAUGGCGCACGCCCAGAGGCAGAGCCACUCGCUCCGAAACCUCAGCAUCGGCAACUCGUACGCGUACAGCAGGCCCGAUGCGCUGGUCUACAGCCAGCCCGAGAUCCGGGAGCACGCCCUGUUCGCCUCUCCGCCGUCGGCGCACUACCCGUUCAACCUGAACUACAGUUUCCACAGCCAGUCUCCUUACCCCUACCCGGCCGAGCGGCGGCCGGUGGUGGGUGCGGUCAGCGUGCCCGAGCUGACCAACGUGCAGCUCCAGGCCCAGGACUACCCGGCCCCAAACAUCAUGAAAACGCAGGUGUACCGCCCUCCCCCGCCCUACCCGUGCCCGCGGCCGGCCAACAGCACGCCCGACCUGUCCCGCCACCUCUACAUCAGCAGCAGCAACCCGGACCUCAUCACCAGGCGCGUCCACCACUCGGUGCAGACGUUCCAGGAGGACAGCCUGCCGGUGGCGCACUCCCUGCAGGAGGUCAGCGAGCCGCUGACGGCGGCCCGGCACGUCCCCUCGCAGAAGAGGAACAGCGUGGAGAUAGCCGGCCUCAUGCACAGCUUUGAAGGCCUGAGGCUCAAGGAGAGGACCAUGUCGGCCUCGGCCGCAGAUGUGGCCCCGCGGGCUCUGGCCGCAGGCUCCCAGCCAAGUGUUUUCAUGGAAAGAACAAAACGCGGAGAGACAGACGAGCAGGAAGGCCCGAGAUACGGUCAUAACAAGUCUCUGUCCGAGGCCACGAUGCUGAUACACAGCAGCGAGGAGGAGGACGAUUUGGAGGAGGACCGCAGGGCCAGUGCUGGGCUGUCCCCGCGGGCACGUGAGCCCCGCGGCGGCUGCGCCUGCGCCCCGGUCACCCCGGCUGUCGGCCCGCUGCACAUCCUGGAGCCCAAGUCCCACGUCACAGAGGCAGAGCGGAGGGCGCGGGAGGGCAGCCCCCUGCACAUGCUUGUGGAGGCCCAGCGGCCCAGGAGGGACGGGCUGCUGACGCCCUCCAUGUCCGAGUCCGACCUCACCACGUCGGGCAGGUACCGAGCCCGGAGGGACUCGCUGAAGAAGAGGCCGGUGUCAGACCUCCUCUCAGGAAAGAAGAACAUCGUCGAAGGACUUCCUCCCUUAGGGGGAAUGAAAAAGAGCCGAGUAGAUGCAAAAAAAAUUGGCCCUCUCAAAUUGGCUGCCCUGAAUGGACUCUCCCUAUCUCGAUUGCCUCUGCCCGAUGAAGGAAAGGAAGUACCUGCCAGAGCCACUAAUGAUGAGAGGUGUAAAAUUCUGGAACAGCGGUUAGACCAGGGAAUGGUAUUCACAGAAUAUGAAAGAAUCCUUAAAAAACGGCUGGUUGAUGGGGAGUGCUCAACAGCACGCCUCCCUGAAAAUGCAGAAAGAAAUCGGUUCCAAGACGUCCUUCCCUAUGAUGAUGCCAGAGUGGAGUUGGUCCCAACCAAAGAAAACAAUACUGGUUACAUCAACGCGUCUCAUAUUAAGGUCUCUGUCAGUGGAAUUGAAUGGGAGUAUAUUGCUACACAGGGGCCAUUACAGAAUACCUGUCAGGACUUUUGGCAGAUGGUGUGGGAACAGGGAAUUGCAAUCAUAGCAAUGGUGACAGCAGAAGAGGAAGGUGGAAGGGAGAAGAGCUUUAGGUACUGGCCACGGCUUGGUUCCAGGCACAACACCGUCACUUAUGGAAGGUUUAAGAUCACAACCCGGUUCCGCACAGACUCCGGCUGCUACGCCACCACGGGCUUGAAGAUGAAGCACCUUCUCACAGGGCAGGAGAGGACAGUCUGGCACCUGCAGUACACAGACUGGCCUGAGCAUGGAUGUCCGGAGGACCUCAAGGGGUUUUUAUCAUACCUUGAAGAGAUCCAGUCUGUUCGACGCCAUACGAAUAGCACAAGUGAACCAAAGAGCCCCAACCCUCCUUUACUGGUCCACUGCAGUGCUGGGGUGGGAAGGACUGGCGUCGUCAUUUUGUCAGAGAUCAUGAUUGCCUGCCUGGAACACAAUGAGGUGCUAGACAUCCCAAGGGUGCUGGACAUGCUGAGGCAACAGAGAAUGAUGAUGGUGCAGACCCUCUGCCAGUACACGUUCGUAUACAGAGUUCUCAUCCAGUUCUUGAAAAGCUCAAGGCUCAUAUAAGCUCCCACAGCUUCUUAAGGGGACCCGAUCACGUGAAGCGUUUACAGCUAAGAAAAGUGCUUACCUAACUCAUACUUUCUCCUCGACACCCAUCCACGCAGAAGGCUACACGUGGAAGUGAAUGACGGCACGAAUGGCAGCGCACUGAGGACGUAUGCAGAGCACGAGGCAGAAGAGGGCACUUCUUACCUGGGAAAGAUGCCGAAGAAGCAGCACUGGGUGUCGAGGUCAUUGCCCUGCUCCGGUCGGUCCGAUUUGCACACAUUUUGGAGAUUGUAUUUUCCAGAUAAUUCUGUAUUUUAUUGAAGCUAUGCUGGGCAAUUCUGGCAAUCAUUAGGGCGCAUAGAUUUGUAUCUGAAAGAAGUUUUUGAUAAUGCAAUUUUAUGACUAAAAUAUUUGUGGUUUUCUUGUCGAGAAACUGAAUUUUCCAUGGGGAUAACCCACAGAUAUGAGUGGUCCCUUUGUAACUGUGUAUUUAAAACCAUGUUAUUGUCUUUGUUAUUUUUUAAAAAGCCUCGGGUACUUAAAACAGUUUAGUUACCAAAUCCAAACUAUAAGAAGUAUCUAAAAGUGUUAUUUUGAAACAUUUAGACAACAUUUUUAUAUUCAGAAAUGUUUUUAUCCUAAAAAUUCUAUAUAUUUGUACCUUCUUUUAUAUUUUCCAGACAAGAGUUCAACUCAUUAAAGUACUGAAAUGAGUCAAUUAAGGGGGAAGUUGGGGAUGAAGCACAUUAUUUAAAAAUGUAAGAGAAUAAUCAGAUUUACCAUUUUUUUCAGUAUUAUUUGUAAGACUAAAUGAGUUUGAUUUUUCUGGUUGAAAAUGAAGUGAGAAACAAUUGCAUAGUAUGGUUUUAAGCACUUUUUUUGUUAAAAACAAUAAAUCUGAGUUUUAAUAUAUGAGUUGCUUUCCAGAUGAAAUGCUAACAAUGGACGUUGUGUCAGAAGAAGUGUUUUGGAAUAGAUGAAGAGUAAGAGUAUGUGGGAGGACUAGGACAGAGUGUGUGCAGGAUGGUAAAUGCAAGAUGCCUUUGUCUUUACAGAAACGCAGUAUUAUCCAUCCUCAGACUGAGAUGCUGGGAUGGAGAGUGGGGGCUGAUCCCCCGGAGGGAGGGAUCCCCAGGAGAUUCAAGGCCUGUCACUGUCAGUGACUCACUUGUUUCCUUGGAGUUUUUACACCUAAACCUCCAUUCUUUUUUAACAAACAAAAUCAAGUUUAUAUUAGCAUUAAAAGAAGCUUUGAAGAGGCUUUAUUUUCUUUUGGUUGAAAGAAGAGUUAGUAAUAGUUUCACCUCAUCUUCCAAAACCACAACCCAAACUUGUGGGAGUACGGGAGAUUGCUGUGCUAUUUCAAGGGGUACUUGAGUUUUAGCUCCCUCAUCCCCUAACUUUACCCCUGAGGUCAGUUUUAGCUUCUUAGUCCCUCCUCCCCAUCCCAGUAGGCAGAACCAGGCUGAAUUAGAGGGGGAGAGUGUGGCCUUUGGCCCAGGCUAAGAUGGCCUUGUCACUGGGAGAGGUGAGUAGGUGAGGACUAACCGGUACGUUUCACAGAGGAGCCAUCUCUGUAUUCCCUCUUCUGAGGCUGCCGCUCCAAAAUACAGAGCUUCCAAAAUGUCAAAUCUAGGGCUGUUUCCUCAAAAUACAACAUCCUAGGGCUGGUUCCAAUUCCCAUGUUAACUCCUAAAGCAGUUUAACUUACUAUUGAGACCAGCAGGUAUGUGUUAUCAGCUGUGAGAUAGGAUUUCCUUCAUACACUGCAGAUCUGCCUAACUCUGAGUUACUCAGAAACCAACCACUAAAGAGGAAAAGUCAGAAGAUAUUAGUGAAAAGGAGUAUUGAAAGUGAGUACAUUUGAAACAAAUUAGGAACAAAAUAUUAAUUUUAAAUCUAAAAUUGAUUUUAAGAGUUAUGUUUAAAGCACAAUAGACCCAAGUAUAAAUAUUCAGAAGAAGCUCUCCAAGAGAAUGGAAUGAACUUCUUUUUUAUGGUAAUAUUUCUCAUUCCCAUACUGUUUAAAGGGACAAGAGUGUUUCUGAUUAUUUUUUUCAUCCAUGGUAUGUUUUUAAAAAAAUGCUUUUCUGUGAGGUUUAAACAUUUUAAAAUGUCCACUGACAAUAACAUAUUGUAAAACAAAAAUCUAAAGAGUAAUAUAUGGUAUAUUUGUGUUCCUGUUGUAAUAAUUUGAUUAUAAGAAAAUCAAGAAGGCUAAAUUAUACUGUUUAAAUGUCACCUUUAUAAUGUUGCAUGUUUGACAUAGCUUCUAAGACCCAUGUAAUUUUUUGUCCCUUUUGAAUUUUUAAACUUUUAAUUACAGUUAGUGAAUAUGAAAGUAUUUCUGAAUAAAAAUGAAUCUAUAUUACUAGACUUGGAAAUUACGUGAUUUUCAAGAGUGAACUGUAAAACAUUGAGGUUUCACAGCUUUACCCCGACUGAAUUGAGGACGUUACUGUGUGUCACACUUUCAGUAUCUUAGUGUCUUGUAGUUCCUUGAUAUUAUUAAUUUGAAAUCAGAAUUCCCAAAAUGUACAUUUUCACAAAAUGUUUCCACUGUUUCAACUUACAUAUUCUCCUUCAGUUAUAAACCAGUGUUUUCCACUGAUCAAUUUUGGCACCUCUGGCAUCAGUUUUCCUGAAUAGUGGGGGUCUUUCGAUGAAAUAUUCUAGGCGAUACUUUUGAACACAGAAAGUUCAUUUUAGAAUAUCAUUUGCAAUGUUAAUCGCAGUCAUUAUUAAUUACUUCUGGAACACGUACUGUGAAGCAUUCAGAAAGCCCUAGAAUUUAGCCUUUAAAGCCUUUUGGCUGGAUCAAAACAGAAGCUGGACCUGGAAGAGCAAGGUCUAGGCAGAAACACAGAGUGUCGUGGUGUAGGACUGAGUGAUGGCAGAAUGGCAUGGCCAACUUUUUUUGUGAAACUUUCAUUAUCAGAAGAAAACAGUUAUUUCAAAUGGGUUGAUAUGUUCACAAUCUUAAAAUUUAAAUGUAUAUAUUAUAUAUAAUAUAAAACUAUAUGGCUUAAAAUAUAAAACUGGAGGUCAGCUGCAACUUAUAAGGUACAGGUUUAUUUGAGAUCUGCAUGAACAAAUGGAAACAAGAAUUACUGUUUAUUGUAAAUCACUUUAAACAUCAAACUAAAAAGUCUUUUUAAAAAGGAACUUUUGGGGAUAUAAAUUUGCUUCCCAUCAAGAUUCCACGUGGAACAAGCUAAAACUUACCUCCUUCCAGUUUAAAGUUUAUUUUUAAAAAGCCAAAUUGGAGGGGCUCUUUUUUGAGCUGAAGGAUAGAUAUUUCAAAAACAGAGGAAUUAGUACAUUGGGAAUUUGCCUGGGAAAAUGUUUUUCAAAAGAACAUGAGUUUUUCAAAUUCCUGUAGAUAAGGGUUCCACUUACCCUCAUAGCUACAAUUACUUAGAAAAAAAUGAGGAACAAUCAGAAAGUCCAGCUGUUUAAAGUUUGCCUGCGUUGGGGGAGGUUGGAGGGAGGAUUUUAGAAAACAUUUGAAGAGGCCCUUGGAUUGUUAAAGUGGCAUCGUUUUCUGUG